AAGGAGUUUCGGGUGCGCUCUCGGGUCACUGUGCGCGGGGACAGCUAACGGUGGCGUUGACAGAGGGAGAAGUUAGCAGUACCUGACCUGCUGUUUUGUUUUUCUAGUCCUGAACUACUGAGGAAGGAGCUGGGCGUGUGGCCAUCCGAGGCAUGAAUUACGCACGGUUCAUAAGUGCAAGGAGUGCAGCCAGAAAACCUUCUCCCAUCAGAGUCAUGGCUGAUAUAGCAAACAGAGCACCAAAAUCACUCAUCUCCCUGGCUGGUGGAUAUCCAAACCCAAACAUGUUCCCCUUUAAGAGUGCUGUGAUCACUGUAGAAAACGGGAAUUCCAUCAAGCUUGGAGAAGAGUUGAUGAAGGAAGCACUUCAGUAUUCUUCAGCUUCUGGCGUUCCAGAACUUUUGUCCUGGCUAAAACAGUUUCAAAUAAAAUUACAUAAUCCUCCCACCAUCCAUUAUCCACCCAGUCAAGGACAAAUGGAUAUAUGUAUCACAUCUGGCUGCCAAGAAGGUCUUUCUAAGGUAUUUGAAAUGCUCAUUGAUCCUGGAGACAACAUCCUCCUAAAUGAACCUGUUUAUGCAACAACCAUUCAAGCUCUGCUACCACUUGGCUGCAACAUUAUUAAUGUUCCCAGCGAUAGAUAUGGGAUUAUUCCAGACUCCCUCACAGAAAUACUUUGCAAAUGGAAACAAGGCGAUUCAAAGGAUCCCAAGAAAAAAAGCCCCAAAUUUCUGUAUACUAUCCCAAAUGGCAACAACCCAACUGGAAACUCCUUGACUGGUGACCGCAAAAAGGAAAUCUAUGAGCUUGCAAGAAAAUACGAUUUCCUCAUAAUAGAAGAUGAUCCUUACUAUUUUCUCCAGUUUAACAAGCCCUGGGAACCAACCUUUCUUUCCAUGGAUGUUGAUGGGCGUGUCAUCAGAGCUGACACCUUCUCAAAGAUCCUCUCCUCUGGGUUGAGGGUAGGGUUUAUAACUGGACCCAAACCCUUGAUAGACAGAAUUGUUUUACACGUGCAAGUUUCAACCAUGCAAGCCUGCACUUUCUCACAGUUCAUGAUGUUACAGCUGCUUCAACAGUGGGGAGAAGAGGGCUUCCUGGCUCACGUGCACAGGGUCACUGAUUUCUACAGGGACCAGAGGGAUGCAAUGUUGGCCGCUGCAGACAAGUGGUUAACUGGUUUGGCAGAAUGGAAUGUUCCCAUUGCCGGAAUGUUCUUAUGGAUUAAAAUUAAAGGCAUUCCCAACGUAGAACAACUGAUUAAGGAAAAAGCCCUUAAGAAAGAGGUCUUAAUGGUCCCUGGAAACUCUUUCUACAUCAACAGCUCAGCACCCAGCCCCUACUUCAGAGCAUGCUAUUCUUGGGUCUCUCCAGAGAAGAUGGAUGUGGCCUUCCAGAGAUUAGCCCAACUUAUAAAAGAAAAUUUAUGAAGAAAUCAAACUAAUCAUAGUACUUAUAGGUUUUCCAGAUAAAUUAUUUCUAUCUUUAUUUGGAAUAAAUGAAUAUUAAUGUUGGA